AUGGCUUCCCGGCGGCUCGCAUUGAACCUGCAGACGGCCCUGCGGUCGAAGGCCGCUAUCAACGCCGUCAAGCGCAGCAGACAGUCGCCCUUGACCAGAGGAUUGGCAACCCCCGUCUCCCACGGCUCCAAGACCGAGUCUACGACCCUCUCCAAUGGCUUCACCAUCGCGACCGAGCACUCGCCGUGGGCCCAGACGUCGACCGUCGGUGUAUGGAUUGAUGCCGGCAGCCGCGCUGAGACGGACAAGACCAACGGAACCGCACACUUCCUUGAGCACCUUGCUUUCAAGGGAACCCAGCAGCGCACACAGCAGCAGCUCGAGCUCGAGAUAGAAAACAUGGGCGGCCACCUCAACGCCUACACUUCGCGUGAAAACACCGUCUACUACGCCAAAUCCUUCAACAACGACGUACCCGCCGCCGUCGACAUCCUGUCCGAUAUCCUACAAAACUCCAAGCUCGAGCCUCAGGCCAUCGAGCGCGAGCGAGACGUCAUCCUCCGCGAGCAGGAGGAGGUCGACAAGCAGCUCGAGGAGGUUGUCUUCGAUCACCUGCACGCUACCGCAUUCCAGGGCCAGCCCCUCGGACGCACUAUCCUCGGCCCCAAGGAGAACAUUGAGAGCAUCCAGAGGUCGGAUUUGGAAAACUACAUUAAGACCAACUACACCGCCGACCGCAUGGUUCUUGUAGGAGCUGGUGGCGUUCCCCACCAGCAGCUCGUUGAGCUCGCUGAGAAGUACUUCUCCAAGCUACCUGCCGAGGCUCCCAACUACUCCGGAAAGAUCGUCGCCGAGCAGAAGCAGAAGCCCGAGUUUAUCGGCUCUGAGGUUAGGAUCCGGGACGACACCAUGGGCUCCGCCAACAUUGCCAUCGCUGUUGAGGGUGUAAGCUGGAACGACGAGGACUACUUCACUGCCCUCGUUACCCAGGCCAUCGUUGGCAACUGGGACCGUGCUAUGGGCAAUUCCAACUACCUUGGCUCCAAGCUCAGCUCUUUCGUCUCCCAGAACAACCUCGCCAACAGCUUCAUGAGCUUCUCCACCAGCUACUCAGACACUGGUCUUUGGGGUAUCUACCUUGUCACCCCCUACGUAGACCGCAUCGAUGACUUGGUCCACUUCACCCUCCGCGAAUGGUCCCGCCUGUCUUCCCACGUCUCCAACGCCGAAGUGGAGCGUGCCAAGGCUCAGCUCAAGGCCUCCCUCCUCCUCUCCCUUGACGGUACCACUGCUGUUGCCGAAGACAUUGGUCGCCAGAUCAUUACCACCGGCCGCAGGUUAGCACCCGAGGAGAUCGAGCGCGUUGUUGGUGCCAUCUCAGAGAAGGAUGUCAUGGAUUUUGCUAAGAGGAAGCUUUGGGACCGCGAUGUUGCUGUCUCAGCUGUUGGCCAGCUCGACGGCCUAUUGACCUAUGACCGUAUAAGGAACGACAUGAGCAGGAUGCUGUCAUAA